UUUUACAUCUAUUGAAAGCUUGUAAGAACAGUGAGCUGUAAAAAUUGUACUAUCUUGUCAAACUAAUCUGCAACGUGUUGUCUCUCCGUUGACGCUCCGUGUAGAGGCGGAACUAUUAAAUCAUGUGAUGUGCUGUCGGGACAUCACAGCUGACGGAACAAAAUAAUGUUCAUUCUUCUACAAUGUAUUGACAUGUUUUUGUUAUAUCUUGCUUAAGAUGUAUUCUGCCGCAACGGAGAGUUUAAUAAAGCAGGCAAGAGAAAUAAAGGAAGAUGAGCUGCAGAAGUUUUAUAUACGAGUCUUCAAGCAGCUUCACGCCAAAGAUCUGGGCGGAGACACCGUGGACUCACUGCAGAGACUCCGUCUGAUACUUUCUGCCACCAAAUAUACCAGAGAAAUUCCAUCAGAUCUGGUGAUGAAGCUGCAGACAAUCCUGUGCUCUUCUGCCUGUCCAGAGCAGCUUCAUGUUUUGUCCUGCUCCAUACUCCGGGAGAUCUUUCUCAGUGUGUCCAGCCUCUCUAAUCUCAGUCAUGACCACAGGACCAUUAGCUAUGUGGCCAGUGUUGUUCUUUCUCAGGCUGGAAAUAAAGAGACGGUGUUGCCUCUAUGCCACCACUUGCUGAAAAGCUUGGAGUCUCGACUGUCUGAGGGCCAGAUCUCCAAACAUGCGCUUUCUAUAUUAUCCAGAAUUAUCAGUGUUUAUCCGGAUAUUCUUACAGAUGAUCAAGUGAAUCUUGUCAGUCGUAAGAUGGUGGAUUGGUUGCGAUAUGCAAGUAUGCAACAAGGAGCCUCUGUGUCCUCUGGGGGAUUUUUUAGUGCACCGAGAACACGUCAGCCAGCUCCAUUGACUGAGGUGGAUGGUGUGGUAACCGGGGAUUUCUUCACUGUGCUGUGUGUGGGUCAGAGCUACACCGAUGAUCAGUGGAUGAACAUGUACACGUUCUCCAUGAUCAGAAAUUGGCUGCUUACUUACGACACGGAUGGGACUUCAAAUGCUGAGACAGCUCUACUAAAAAGAACAUAUAUUCAAUCACAGCACCAAGAUGAUCGCUCGGAGGUGGACAGUUCAGUGAUGUCCAUGGUGUCAGCGACAUCCUCCUCAAGCCGACUGCUUCCUCCCAAAGAAAGGCUGAGAGAGAAGGCGUUUGAGUACUGCCAGCGGCUCAUCGAGCAAAGCGACCGCAAGGCCUUGAAGAAGACAGAUACAGAGCUACAGAAAGCAUGUAUUGUUGAGGCGGUCUCUAUAAUGGACAUCAUCUGUGGCGAGGACCCGUCCUAUGUGUACCGUGCUUUUCCUUGCAUCAAAGCCCUGUACGGCAGACUGAAUGGAGAUCUGGCCUAUACCAGAGCACUGCUUCCCAUCGCUCAGUUCUACCUCAACCACAGUGAGAUGGCCGCAGUGGAUUCGGAGGCCGUGUUUCGUCAACUCUUUGGCCACUGUCCUGCCGAGCAGUUCAACGAGCCUAUGCUUGCCUUCGAGUUCACCCAGUUCUGCCUUCUCAAUGCCAGCACGCUGCAGACCAGAGUGACCGGCUACAGACAGAGCUUUCCCAACCUCCUGAAGUUCUUGGCUUGGAACAGCCCCGGGUUGAUUUCUGAAUUUGUAGAGCUACUGCCAUCAUUGGUAGCUCCCGAUACAGCCAUUGAGUUAUUGCACACCAUCCUGGAUCUGCCCUGCUUAGCAGCAGCCUUGGACCUUCAGCACAGGUCAGCUUUCUAUCAAACCUCGUGGGACCAGCAGGGGGCGAAAGUGGCUGCUUGUCUGGAUGCCUUCCGCCAGCCAUCACACAGAGGUCUGUUUCUGUACAUCCUCAGACCGGAGGCCGGGACUGGAGACACUAUAGACAGGUUGAAAAUGCUUCACGAGAUCUUAGGUGACAUGGCAGAAAUUCCACGAGUUGUACGGUGCGCUCAGGUUAUCCCGGUGCUUCUCCAUGUGUACUUCAACACUGUCACACAGAUGGCAGAUCAGAAACUGAUGAACCAGCUGAUGCUGGUGCUGCUUGAGAGAAGCAGUCUGCUGUACAACAUCAAGACAUUCAAUGCAGAAGUUCAAAGGGUGUUCAGCACUCACUUGCAGACCUUGUGUAAACUCUACCCUCCACUGAUCGUGGAUCAGUCCAGAGAGCUUCUAGAUUUCGCUGGUUCCCCUUCAAACAUUUACAGUAAAGAAGACUUUUAUACUCAUGUGGUGUGGGUCAUCGGUGAGUAUCUGUCUGUUUCAUACGACCCCCGCUGCAGCGUCGAGCUCAUCACCUCGUUUUUCGAGAGUUUGGAGGCGGUGCUGUUUGAGAUCACGCAGGUGCGACAGUCAGCCAGCCCCCCGAGUUUCUCCCCUCGACUCAUCACAGUGCUCAUGACCACAUUGGCGAAACUGGCCACACGAAGUCAGGACCUCAUCCCCAGGGCGUCGCUCUUCCUGUCUAAGAUGCGUCUGUUCGCUCGCAGUGCUCCUGUGAUUGCCUGCUACAGCGAGGAGGACACUGAGGAGAUCAUCACUCGAGCCCAUGAACUCAUUAAUCUACUCAAGUUACCAAAUGUAGCUCAGUUUGUGUUGGCCCCUGCAGCGGGAGUGGACGGGCCCCGCUGGCACAGGGACACCAACACCUCAUUGCCUCAGAGCAUGAGAACAGUCAGCACACUUCUCCAAAGACACUCAAGCUUACUGCCCACAUAAAUCCUGACUUCUGGAUUAUACUGAGAGACAUGUUAUCUGAAAGACGGAGGAAGAGACGACAUGAGAAACUAAAAAUGCUAAGCACAGCGACUGAACACGAGUUUCAGUUCUGCUUGUCUUCUGGAGAUUGAGACAAACAGGAGGCAAGAUUUGUAAUCAAGUUUUUUUUUCUUGAUUUAUUGAUAUGAUUGUCAGAGAAUUGUCAAUAAAAUUUAAACAUUG